GGUCGAUGCUUGUUAUUGCAAGUAUUACUGGGCGACUGCUGAACUCUACUGUGAUGAACUCUGCUGCAUUCGCAAGUUCUGGCUUCAAGGAUCCUCGAAAACUUAGCUUCGAACGAGAUUGGAUCCGCAGAGCAGUCCUGGCCUCAUACUGGGCAGUCAUUAUUCUCGCUUUCCCAUUCUGGUGGCACUUGACGAGUAUCGAGAGACUUGCACUUCCAACUAGUCAAGUACGAUCCCAAGUCCAGAAUAACAUCGUCUUCCCUGUCGUUGUUCAUUUUGAUGCGUCGAUCAACCAUCAAAAUCCCAGCCUAAUCUCUCAAGUCCGAACAUUACUUCAUAAUUUUGCCACGAAUGAACCUGGAAGGUGGAGAGGCGUCGACCUACAUCUACAAGACAAAAAUGAUGAAGUUAGCAAUAAUGCAUCUAGCCCAUAUACAGUUUCUCUUGGUGAACAGACCUCAAUUGCCCAUUCAAGACGCUUGCGGGUGAGCAAGACUGAGGCGCAGUCAGCAUCAAGAUUAAGCUCUAUAUUGUCCGACCUCAUCGCUCCCCCAGAGUCGAGCACUUCACAUUCGCAGCGCGUCGUUCAAUACUCAGAUCACUACCGUCUCUCUUUUACACUGCUGAACGAAGACGCAACCCCUAAUCGAUUUGUUGAGACAUGGGACGUACAAGCUGCUUUCGCGGAAUUCAUAUUUCCACUCAUGUCCCGACUCUCUGCUUUGCACAAUUUCACAGUUGAAAGCCAAGUCCAGUAUCAUGCUCCAUUAGCCUUUGAGCCAAAACGCCUCGCCCUUGGUGACACUGAAGCAUCAGGGCUGACUCAAGAAGACUUAACAGUAUUCAUCAACUCUGCUGAAUGGACACUCUCAUCCAGCGUCUCAAAUGAUCCUGUUCUCCACUUUGUUCUAUUCGUUCCUUCAGAGAUCCACUCACCCUUGAAGAUUAUUGACAAUGAAGGCCGUCCGACAAAUCAGAGCUCCUUCCUUCUGCCACAAUGGGGAAGCAUUUUCGUCCUCGACGAUGAACUCGAUUCCUCGUCGUUGCAUCUUUCAUAUAACGAUCUAAAACCAGUUUUCCGUAAUUUUGCCACCCAGCUCGCUGCUCUUUUAGGCGUUCCACCCGUUCCUCUCGGCUUGGGCGUGGGAGAAAGCACCAUUCUAUCUGACUGGCAGUUAGAUGCCCUGCUCCGGCGUCGUGCAUUACAGAACGUGCAAGGCAGUCAGGACACAUUACACAGCAUUGUGAAGCUCGUGGAUCAGAUCAAUAACAUGCCUGUUGGGCAAGUGGUACGAGACGAUGUCCUGGAUGCCCUUGAAUCGCUCCAUGAGGCCUAUCGCACCGCCGCGACCUCGCCGGCGCUUGCUCUGCGGUGGUCCAGUAAGGCAUUAUCUGUGGCGUCGCGCGCUUUCUUUAAUCCUGGGAUGCUGGCAUUGCUGUAUUUUCCUGCCGAGCACAAGUAUGCAGUGUACACGCCACUAUUCGCAUCUAUAUCGGUGCCUCUUGUAGCGGCCUUAAUUCGAGAUUUUAUGGCAUGGAAACGGGGCUCACAGGAUGGUGGAAGGCGAUGAGGGUGCUGAUUACGCCUUUUGUGCGAUAGCUUGUUCGUCCGCUAGGCUUUUGCCUACGCUAGAAAAUAAUGUAGUAUAAUCCUACGGCGGUGUAUGGUAGCCGUCAGUGGUAUAGAAUAUAUAGAUUACAAACACACGAAGUAUAACUCGAACUACAGGCAACACUGCAGUCACUGAGUACUGAGUAGCGGUGAUUGAGCG